AUGUCAGAUCGAAGUGCUCGAUUGAAAGAGAUGCAGGAAAGACAGGAAGAACUUGAGUCAAACAACAAAAGGUUACAACAAGAGGAAGAGGACUUGAGAGAGAAAUAUCACGAGGUUUGAAUUCUUACAUGUAGCUCGCUACAACCUCGGACAAAAACUGUUGAAUCCUAUUACAAAAUACCUAUUUUUUGCACUCGUCCUGACCAAAAAGCUUACUGUCGCAAAAUGAAAAACCGUCCCCCCCCCCCUCCCCUGUUCCAAUUUUGUUUGUGGUAACACCAGAAAUGCACACUUGAGCUUUUAGACCAAACAACUUUGAACAAGGAUUGUUAGGGGGGGGGGGGGCGACUUUGUUCCCGUUAGAAAAGAUUGUAGUAUGGCGCGAAAUUACGAAACACAUGGAAAUGUCUAAUGAGCUUUGUCCGGGGUUGUAGAAUGCGUGGUUAGACAUUCAAAAAUCAGUGACGUAUCCAUUGGAGGGGCCCUGGGGCUUGGCCCUCCUUAUUUUUAGACGAAACUGAGGCCCGAAGCGAUUGGUGGAUUUUAAUCUGUUUUGUGUGUUUCCGUGUUUCAAGGUUACUUGUGAUCGUAAUUUUGAUUGACGGCAGCGGAAAACGUAAUAGUGAGAGCGGCUUUUGAACAUCAGAGUUCGCGUGUUUUUGAAAAGCGCUGUAAGGUUCUAUCCACAUAAGAGCAAACUUAUACAGCAAAACAAACGUUUCAUGUCGCUCCCUGGAUCGAUGGCAUAAACUGAGCUACUGAUAGGCACUUUAGAAACGAGAAGGGAACAGGAGCCGAAAUGUGUCCCGCAAUUGUUUCUUGGGUCGUAACUGGGCACGCGCCAGUAACAGUCCCAGACGUCUUUGCGAAAGUUUACUCGGCCCAUUUUCCCUCUUGUUUUUAACGUGACGAAUACGAUGGUAUAAACUGAGCUACUGAUAAGCAGUAUUAAAACGAGAAGGAACUGGAGCCGAAACAUGUCCCGCAAUGGUUUCUGGGAUCGUUACUGGGCACGCGCCAGUAACAGUCCCAGAAGUCUUUGCGAAAGUUUACUCGACCCAGUUCCUCUUUCUUUUUUAACGUGGCGGAUAACCAAACCUCUUGUCUGAGAGAACUCUUAGCACCAUAGAAUGUGAGGUCCUACUAUCCACUAGAAUUUUCUGUUUUAUUUGUGUUUAUCAUCUCUAUCAGUUGACUGAAACUAUUCAGCUAUUGGCAGAAGACAUCCUUGAAAGGAGACAAGAAACGACACGGCUUUACCGCUGCUUCUGUAAGCUGGCGGGCAAGGUAACUAACGUCUUCUUUCGUCUUUAUGAAUUACAGUCAACUCUCUGUAAGAAGGACAUCUUUAGGACCGGCACUAAGUGUCUGUAUUAAGGUGACGUUACACGAGACGAUUCGCAACGACGAUUUUUAGCGCAACACAGCGUUGCAACAUUGUUGCGACAUUAUUUCGAAUGGUUACAACAUUAUCCCAACUUUGCAGCGCUGUAUUGCGCUUAUAAUCGUAGUUGCGAAUCGUCCCGUGUAACAUCACCUUUAGAAAGAUGUCUGUCCAAUAGAGAGUAAAAUAAACGGAGUAAGGAAAGGGAGACAAAACCUUAGCAGUCCAUUUUACAGAGGUAUCCGUCUUACAGAGAUGUCUGUCCUAUAGAGGUGUCCCUCUUACAGAGGUGUCCGUUUUACGGAGGUGUUCGUCUUAUGGAGGUGUCCGUUUUACGGAGGUGUCCAUUAAGAGAGAUUUGACUGUAUCAGUAAAGAAGAUCUACACUAUUUUUUUAUGAAAUUUCUAAACGAAAAGUUGCCCUGAUACAAGAACUCCCUUCUCUGCUGAGGCCUCAGCCUGUGUGCGGUGGGAGGAGGGGGCGGGGCUCCCAGGCUACAGAGUCCUCCACUGGUAUUCCAAAAAUAAAAUUGAAACUGAAAAGAUAUGGUAAGCGCACGGAGGUCGAUGGGAAGAAGGAAAGGCUGAGCGGAGGCCUACUUCUUUCUCUUUUCCCUUCUCAUUGGCCCCAGCUCCUAGUGGCGCAAAGAGGCCUCUGUAGAGGAUAUAGGCCCAAGAUGAAGGUGUCACUUUUACAGCAUACGUAUGCACAUUACUUGAGUCAAGAGUCAAGGUUCACAAAUUAUCCGCUCUGGAGACCGUUUUCGAAAAGCUUUCAAAAGCGCCGUGGACGCCAGGCCAAAGCGGAGGAAAAAGGUGCGUUUUUGAAUUUAUGCGGGGUAAGUGUGCACAGGGUCUUGGCGAAAACUGUUCGUGCGUAGGGGAAAACCGUCCUACUGCUUGCUUCUUUCUUAAGUUUUUUUAAGACUCGAGCAACUAAAUUUCAUUAGUUAGUUAGUUUUCUUUUUUUUUGAAGGCUUUCAUAACUUAGUUUCCUGUCCUAUUACACAACGUAUCAAUGAAAACGUCUCCUGUACGGCUCGCAAAAGUGCCUUUGUUCAUCAAUGAAAAGGCUUUUUUUGUUUUUUGUUUUUUUUCUUUUCAGGAGUUAACUCAGCCGUCCGUAUUGGAAUGCAAAAAAACGAAGACGGCAGCUUCACAAACAAGGAUGAAGCCUUUAAAACUCCACAU